CUCCGGGUGUGUGGUUCCGCGGCUCUCACCGCCAAACUGAAGCCUCUUUCUUAGCCUCUCCUGACUCAGCCCAAGGGACAGUGACUCACUCGUUUCGCCUCCAACACUGCCAGCGUAUUAUUUAUUUGUGUCUUUUCCAGUUACAGGCUGCGCGACGCAGACGAGUUACGCGAAGUCUUGUCCACAAGCGUUAGGAUACUCUUAUUUUAAUAGCAUUUAAACCAGCCGAUUGAGGACAAAUUCAUUUACAGUCCAAGCCAAGUAUGUCCCUCCUCCCGGUUCAUACAGACAGGGCCGCUGAGCUCUCCCAACGUGGAAGUGCAGGCUACUGCUAGUGUUAUAUUUGAUAUAUUUGAUAUACCUUUAAAAAUGAUAGGCUACGUGUUGACAUUUCAACAUCGCCAAAUGCCCAUGGAUCGACAAAUGGCCUUUUAAGAACUUCUAGGCAUCUAAAAAUAUGAUUCCACGAGACCCGACUGUUGGUUUCAUUUUCUAUCGUCCCAUCUGACCCCAGCACGAGCAGGCGGUUCAGUCCCCCGUCCAACAGUCUGCAGCCGGUUACGGGGAAAAUGAACGAUGUGAACGCCGCCACAGGACAGCAGGAUGCCGCAGGGUCGAGACUUCGGCCACACGAGAACCGGACCAUGGUGGAAAUCAUCGCGGACCACCCCGCGGAGCUUGUCCGGACUGACAGCCCAAACUUUCUCUGCUCCAUUCUUCCGUCGCACUGGAGGUGUAACAAGACGCUACCCGUCGCGUUCAAGGUGGUGGCCCUCGGAGAGGUUGCCGACGGGACGGUUGUCACGGUGAUGGCGGGUAACGACGAAAACUACUCUGCGGAGCUGCGGAACGCCUCGGGCGUGAUGAAGAACCAGGUGGCACGCUUCAACGACCUGCGGUUCGUGGGCCGCAGCGGGAGAGGCAAGAGCUUCACGCUGACAAUCACGGUAUUCACCAACCCGCCGCAAGUGGCCACUUACCACCGCGCCAUAAAGGUCACCGUGGACGGCCCGCGUGAGCCAAGGAGGCACAGGCAGAAGCUGGAGGACCAGCCCAAGGUCGGCAUGUUCUCAGACCGCCUCAGCGAACUGGAGCGCCUGAGACAGACCACCAUGAGGGUCGCCGUGCCAACGCAAAGCCCCCGCCCACCCUUCAACACCGGCGCAAACUCCUUCACCCCCCAGGGACAGACACAAAUAUCAGACCCCCGCCAGGCCCAGUCGUCUCCCCCCUGGUCGUACGAGCAGCCCUACACCCCCUACCUGAGCCCCAUGACCUCCCCCUCCAUCCACUCCACCACCCCCCUGUCCUCCACCCGAGCCACCGGCCUGCCUGCCAUGAGCGAGGUGCCGCGCCGCCUCUCAGCAGGGGCGUCGGACCUGAGCCCGUUCACAGACCCGAGGCAGUUCGAGCGGCAGUUCCCCGGCCUGUCGUCCCUGACGGAGACGCGCUUCUCCAAUCCCAGAAUGCACUACCCCGCCACCUUCACCUACACGCCCACCCCGGUCACCUCGGGCAUGUCCCACUACCACACCUACCUGCCGCCGCCCUACCCCGGAUCCACCCAGAACCAGAGUGGGCCGUUCCAGACCGGCAGCACGCCCUAUCUCUACUACGGGGCCUCCUCCGGGUCGUACCAAUUCUCCAUGGUGCCCGGGGGGGACCGCUCGCCGUCGCGGAUGCUGCCGCCUUGCACUAGCGCCUCCACGGGCAGCUCGGUCAUCAACCCCAACCUGCCGAGCCAGGCAGAGGGCGUGGAGGGAGACGGGAGCCACAGCAGCUCACCGACCGUCCUCAACGCCAGCGGCCGCAUGGACGAGUCCGUGUGGCGGCCAUAUUGACGCGCCCCCCGUCCCCCCCCCGCGCGUCCGGAUCCUCC